AUGGCGGUUGAUCGUAUGAUUCCCGAGUUCAGUACCCUCAAGCAGUGCUUGGAGUUCCUAUAUUGGCUGCAUACUGACAAACAAGGAAAAGGUAUGCAAUACAGGGUGACCCGUCGUCUGAAAAAGCUGCUCGAAAAAAAAUAUAUAAGUUUUGAUCCAAACGAUGUUGAAGUUGCGCUGUCAACUUUCCUUAGAAGGGUAUCCACGUUUCAUGAAAAAUUAUGCAAAAAGGCGGGGCAAGGCGACUAUAAUCCGGGUAAGGCCACAGAUGCUCUCUAUGCUCUCCUGCGGUGUAUUCCAAAGUUCCUCGCCGUGAUAUAUUUCUUGAGGUACCAAGUGGACGAUAAAUUCGGAGCGAUAGGCGGCGGUGGGUGGAAGGAUUAUUGGCUUGGGUACGGUGCACUGGGUGGAGUUUUGGCAACUAGAGGCGGUGAGCUGGAUAAGUAUCUUUAUGCAGCAGCUACAGAGACGCGAUAUGGUGUCAUUCCCGGAGGGUUUGACAUAGGUGGACAGGAGGUAAAUUUCCGAAGUGGCUACCGCCAGGGUAGCGCUAUGGCAGGUGAUCUCCAAAAUAUUUGUGAAAAACAAAAUGGACAGUAUUUUCGUGAUGUAUUCGUCACAUCAGUGUUGUCCAAUAAGUCUGGAGUUGAUGUCUCUAACGUUGCCAACGCGCUUCGGUUGGUGAGAGAUUUUUGUGGAAUAUUUGGACCAGAAACAAACGAGAAUGAAUUCAAAAGCCACGUACAAUCUAGGGGUAAUUGCAUUGAAUGGGAUAAAUUAAAAUCGCAUUGCUUCACACUUAAAGAGUCUCUUGGCAAAUUGUUCACCGGUGGAGCCUUUUCCUUCACAGGGUACGGGAGGCAAUAUAAAUACCUUGAUAAAAACAUUGAUAAACGAAUGGCGAGUUGGUUUAGAGCAAAUUUAAAUGAGGUGAGAAAACAAUUGGCAAAAAUUGAGUCUUUUACAAGUAAAAAUUACAAUCAUAGGAAACGUAAUGUGCCUCCAGAAUAUUACACCGAACUUGGUGCACAUCUCACCAAAUAUUUAUUUCCCUAUGGAUUCACAUUUGAUGCAAACUCCUUUAAAACGGGAACCGCUCCUUAUGAGAGUCUGAAAAAGGUUUGGGAUAGUGUAAUCGGUGAUCUUAAGAAUAUUGGCGGCGGUUUGGAUGAAUUUAAAAAAAUAUUGGAUGGUACAGCGUGUACAAAUAGAAAAAAGGAUAAGGAGUAUAAGCCUAAGACUGAACCCGAGUCUAAUGCUGAGAUUGGGCCUGAGGAUGAGGAUCAACUUGAGGAUGGGGAUGAACUUGAGCCUGAGAUUGAGUCUGAGGACGAGUCUGACGAUUAUCUUGAUUCUGAAUCUGAGAAUGAGGAUCUCCCUGACGACAAAACCGAAGCAACUAAAACCGAGGCCGCAAAGCCAGCGGCCCCAAAACCCGAGGGAGCACAGAACCAGGGCAAGAAAGGGGAGGGAGCACAGAACCAGGGCAAGAAAGCGGAGGGAGCACAGAACCAGGGCAAGAAAGCGGAGGGCGCACAGAACCAGGGCAAGAAAGGGGAGGGAGCACAGAAUCAGGGAAAGAAAGGAGAGGGAGGUCAAAGUAAUGCAACAUCCCCUGAUUUAUCAGCUGCAGAGGUGGUACAAACUCAGAAUCCAAGUGCCUCAAGUCCAGACUCUGAGGCAUCUGGUGCCCCUAGUCCCGGUAGUGGUCAGGGCCCGGGUGGCCCGGGGUCUACUUCUGACCCCGCUCAAGGAAGUGGUCGAGGACCUCAGUCAGGUGCGACUGACAGUAACACGGUAUCUGGGCCGAGUUCCGGUUCAGGUGGCGGUGGAGCUGGAGGGGGUGGAGGGAAGGGAGAUGAUGAUUUGCCCCAAAAAGUUACGUGCGAAGGUGAACAGGUAUCAUUGUAUGAUAUUGGUGGCAAACCAGCGUGUUAUCCAAAACCUCAUAACUAUACUUCAAAUUAUUAUAAUCCCGAUUGGGACGAUGUCUGGAAUGCCCAACAGCGAGGAAUGCUUAAAGAUGAAAAUAUAACUAUACCUAUACCCUCUGAGAAAUCUAAAAGUCGUCACAGAAUUACUCCAUCCACCCUUCCAAAUCAGCCCAGUCGGCCUGCUCCAGGGUCUUCCUCUCUGUAUCCAGGUAGCCGUGAUGGUCAUAGGCGUCCGUACUAUGAAACAGGAGAAGGGCAACAAAAGCAGGGUAGUGGGAGUGUACAUCAUAAUGCCGUUGUUGAUCCACCUGUAUUUUUUAUGGACGGAAAGCCCGUACAAGCAUACUACGAUAAUAAACAGCGGGACGCCAAAGAUCGUAUGGCGCAACAAUACAAAAUCUAUGAAGCGUUACGUCAGUCACGGGAACGACAGGAUAUGGAAGAAGAGGUUAAUCUGAGAAAUGAAUUCGACCAGAAACAAAAGGAGGCAGAUGCGAAGUGGAAUAUAGAGCGGGAGGGGGAAGGUAAGCGUGCGAAAAAAUAUGAUGAAGAGGUAGACAGAAUACAAAAGGUAUUGGAUAAAGGCAGAAGGGAUACGGAAGCACGCCGAAGACAGGAAGUAUUCAAAAAAAAACCAAUUGUAUCGCCGCCUUAUGUAGAUGGAUUUCGACCUACAGAAAACCGACAGUGGCAAUGGUGGCCAUGGUGGUAUCAUGACUUGCCGAAUUCUCCAAUUUCCGGCAGUCCAGUAGAUGACCCCACGAACGCCGAUGAUAAGGAAAUGGAAAAUUUGUAUCAUAAAGAGCUGCAAGACAAAAUCACGGCAGGCGUGGAUAAUAGAAUACAUAUGUUAAAAAUGGAAGCCGAAGAGAAAAAACUUAUUGAAAAGGACAAGAAAUAUGCAGAAUAUAAAUUGCAGUCUGAGAUAAGAACACAAGAAGCCAUUGAACGUAUUAAAAAACGAAACGAACUGAAGAAUAGAGCCGCUGAGAAAGUUGAAGAAACAUUGAAAGAUACUACGGAAGCAAUUUGGAAAACUCAACUGCAGCAAAACGUGGAUUACAUAGAAGAAAACGUGAGAGAUGCAGAUGCCAAAAAAAGAUUGCAACAAAAACGGUUGCGGCAGCAAAAACAAGUAGAGCAGCAAAACGUUAGUCGUGAUUCUCCAACAUCUACAGUCUCCGCCCUUCCAAGUCAACCCAGCCGUCCUGCUCCCUCACCUUCCGGUCAGAUCCCGUUUUCUUCUCAGCCGCCCAGUGGCAUCCCUGCUAACCAGAGUCCGCAGUAUGUUCCACAGGAGAGAAGUUCCAGGGAGCGAGUUGGGGAUAUUGAGCCUGUCGAUCUGCCUAUGAUAUCUGUUGGAGGCAGUGCGGUCCCUGAUUUCGAACAUGAAGAGAAGGAAGCUAAAUUAAAAAAACUUUCUUUAGCCAAACAAACAAUGGAAAAAUGGGACUGGGAUGCGAAGCAGGCAGAGCUUUAUAAACAGAUGCAGAAAGAGAAAGUUAAUUGGAACACACAAGUAAGGGAAUAUAGAGAUAAUUUACAUAGACAGAGUCACGAGACAUCGAGAACGCCUUUCUUAUCUCGGAAAUCAUCAGUACCGAUUGUUCAGAACGUCGAUAUUCUCGUCCCACCUAUCACAGCUCGGAAUAUCUCCGGUCGGUCAAUUGAAAUCCCGACAGUUCAACUCGACCACGAUAGUGCUUUUACGGCUUCUGCCAUACAGCAAUCCACAGGCCACAACAUUCCUGAUUCCAAAAUUAACUUUCGCAAGUCACCUUUUACGCCACCAUCGAAGCCUACUGGACGUGAUAAUUCUCUGACCCAAUCACCACACACUGUCACAUUUGACGAUAAUAUCAUGUUGAGCAUGACAGGUGCAUCUGGUCAACCGGUUGUCGGUGUCAACGGAAAAGUGGACACAUCACAGAUUCCAAGUGACAUAAGGGUUAAUGCGGGAGACCGAUACCAUCUAGAAGGACAAGAAGUACAGGACGAUAAGUUAAUUAAACGGCAGGAGCGGAAUAUUCAAAAUCUGCAGAAUGCUCAGAUGCAAAUCGAUUCUGAAAAUAAACAACGCGAACGUAAAAUGCAGGCGUUAAAAGAAGAAUCGAAACACAUAAACGACAAACAAAAAGAAUUAAUGCAAGCUGCACAAGUAGACGCUGAUCGCAUACGUGCGUUCAAUGAUUCACAGUUUGACAUCUCUAGUGCCCCUCCACGCAACGAUCAAAUCCCAUUCGAGAUCCAAAUCGACGUCCCGAAACGUCCACUACAGGAUUCGUCAUAUGACAUAGACCUAUAUGACCCUUAUGCCAACACGGCCGAUAUCCUUAAAGACGAGUUAAAACCUGCAGAGGGUAAAGGCUUUUCUGGCGUCCUUCAGACUAAUUUUGAUCUGGACUUUGCGCCGGAACGUAUCGGACUUGACGGCUAUGAAGAUCCCGGGAUGCCGCGUGACUCUCCAAGGAAGGCAGAUGAACGCGUUAUUAACCCAUUUAGCACAGAUGAAUGCCAAAACCCUUGGUCCUUCGACACUUCUUCAACUGAUACACCCCCUCCACCUGCCUCCCCUUCCCCAGACACCGACCAUCUGCCCCCGCCCAGAACCGUUCGGGAAAUGCUUUACUGGUUUGUUGGAUUGAAUACGUAUGGAUUCAUUGGGAUGAUUACUGAGUAUGUUGAGUGCCUUCUAAAGAAUGCUAACAAGAAUGUCUUUGAUAUGCCAGAUGCCCUCGAGGUCACCAGAGAUCCUUACAACCUGAACAGUUCCCAUGUCGCCGAUAAGCUGACAGAAGCGUCUCUCUACUCAGCCACCGUUAUCUACAAGAUUAGGCAUAACAAUGACUUCAAAGCCUUGCCUCCCGUCGACUUUGAAUCAGUUUACAGUCAGUUUCGUUACUCCCCCGACCCCGCCUGCCUCCUCUGCCAGCUGCGUGACUACGCCUACGCCUGCCACCACCAGUUGCAGUUCCUGAAGGCGCAGUGUAAUCGGGACAAACUAAGUGGCGGGUGGCAGAGUCAUAAGUAUGGAAAUGCGGUUUCCCCCUCUGACUCCCCCCUCCAGGCGUUCCUGACUGACGGCUGGGACUCCACCUUCAAAACUCACCCCUUCGACCCGUGCAACCUGUGCCACAAGAGCAGAGUCAGGAUGGGAUUAAGGAAAGGGGAUCUGCCUAAGAUAUCGAAGCAGGGCAGUGUCAUUUCCUCCAUCCUCACUCCCAGCUGCGGCGGUAGUGACCCCUUGCUGACAUUGUCUGCCUACCUCAAUUGCCUCACCAAGUUACAUGGCCACUGCCACCAACUUGGCCUAUCGAAUCAUUCAUUAAAUUCAGAUCAAUCUCAGUCACCGUGUGAUAGGCUGUGA